GCAGGCGAGGGCUCCGCGGCUCCCUUACCACGCGUUCCCUUCCACGUUCGCAGGGCGGCGAGUGGCGGCGCGAUGGACCUGGCGGGGCUCCUGAUGGACGAAGAAGGCACCUUCUCCCUCACCGGCUUCCAGGACUUUACGUUCCUCCCAGGACACCAGAAACUGAGUGCUCGGAUCCGAAGGAGACUCUACUAUGGCUGGGACUGGGAAGCUGACUGCAGCUUGGAGGAACUCUCCAGCCCCGUCGCAGACAUUGCUGUGGAACUGCUCCAGAAGGCAGCCCCCAGCCCUAUUCGCCGGCUGCAGAAGAAAUAUGUAGCUCAUGUGUCCCGGGAGGCGUGCAUCUCCCCGUGCGCCAUGAUGCUUGCUCUGGUGUACAUCGAGCGGCUCCGGCAUCGAAACCCAGACUACCUACAGCAUGUGUCAUCCUCUGACUUGUUCCUGAUCUCCAUGAUGGUGGCCAGUAAGUACCUCUAUGAUGAAGGGGAGGAGGAGGAGGUCUUCAACGAUGAAUGGGGCGCUGCAGGGGGCGUGGCUGUGCCCACUCUCAACGCCCUGGAGCGGGGCUUCCUGAGUGCCAUGGAUUGGCGCCUUUACACUGAUCCUCGGGAUAUCUUUGAGGUGCUGAGCUGGCUGGAGAGCUGUGUGGCUGAGCAGCAGGGGCGGCGGCGGGGCUGGUACACCUACACAGACCUGUGUGUGCUGCUGGAGCAACCGGCCUGGCAGUUGGCCCUGGGCUCCCUCUGCCAGCGCCUGGCAAAGCUGUCCUGCCUGUUAGCUAUGACAUAUGUGAGUAGCGUGGCCCUGGUGGUGGCCUCAGUGGCCGUAAUUCACCAGUCCUUGGGGCUGUCCUGCAGCCCCUCACCAGGUCCCCCAGACCUUGGACUGGCCUCCAGGUGCCUCUUGGAACCCUGCAUACCUUCUUCUGUGCCACAGUGCCUGCCAUGUCCUGUUAAUGUCUCCGGUGGCCUAGAAGGCGACACAGGGCUGCGUUCACUCUGGGGCAGUCUCCUGGCCUCACUGACUCCUCCACCAUUGCCUCCCCCAGACCCUCCUGCCCCUCCCACUCUUCUCCAGAACUGUCCCCUUUGCCAGAAGCUCCAGAGAGACUCCCCAAGCUGCCAUGCCUGCCACCACUCCAACCAUACAGUCCCCACUGGGCCCCCCAAACCUGGGUACCACUCCCAUGGCCUGGCUCCACCCUGGCCCUGGAGCCCAAUGCCCCCCCUGCUUUCCCAGCCCCAGCAAUGUUCCCUUUUCAGUGUCAUGGAGUUAGCCCGUCUCAAGUCUUUCAUUUUCCCAGGUUAGGCAGGCCUCCAAGGAAUGCAGUAAGAGGAUCUGGGAGUCCCUGAGAACCUGGAGGGGCAAAGCUUGAUUUAGAUCCUCUCUACCUCUCUGGGUCCUUGGCUGGUCCCUGUCCUCUUAGGUGAUGGAGCUUAAGGGGUUGUGGGGCAGAAAGACUGAAGGUCACUCACUCUCCUAGACCUCAGUGGCUGGCUGCUUGGCCAGGGCAGUGAUGGUACCAGGGGAAGCUUCAGCUUGGUGACCACAGCCAGCCAGAGGAGAAGCCCCUGUCUCUCUACCUCCCUGGCUUCUAGACUUUUGCGUUUGAGUUCCCUAGGAUGGAAGGGUAAAAGUGGGGUGAGGGAGAGAGGGGACGUUGACUGGGGGCCUGUGUGAUGUCCCUGAAGCAGGAGAGCCAGGGACGGAUAAGGCUAAGGUGGGAUCUGCCGAGGGAAAGUGGGGGGGCGUGGGGGGAGGGGGAACCCUCUCCACACCCAUCCCCCCGGAUAUAGCCUAAAGGAGCCAGGGACUAUUGGGACCUUCAGCCUUUCCCUUUUGUCUUCCAACCUCUUCUUAAUACCUUGCUCCUGGGCUUCCCUUUCUUCCGGUUUUCUCCUGGGUGUUCUCUUCACAGGCCACUCUGGCCACCGCUUUGUAUCUGGGUUUUUCACGCUUUUGUAGAACUGAGGUUUCAAUAAACAGUUUAAGUUGCAUGGCCUGGAUUCUUUCUUCUGCAGCAGCCCUGGAAGAAUCUCCCCACCCCCUGUCCCAUAUCUGGAUUCUAAGCCUUUCUACUUCCUGAGCCCGUCAUCUUGCAAC